UUAGCUAGCAGACAGGCUAACGACUGCGGAACGGCAGCAGGUUUAUCGGGGGAUAGUGUUUAAUCUCACAUUUCACGAUGAAAGAUGUUCUCGGAUUCCUCAAACAGCAGCAGAGCAGGAGUUCAACACCUGAGCUCGCCACGGAAUGGCACACACUGGAGGAUUUACACAACAAAAAGUUGUGGCAUCAGCUGACCCUGAAGCUGAGUGAGUUUGUGCAGAAUCCGUGUUUCUCUCAGGGUGACGGACUCAUUCAGCUGUAUGAAAACUUCAUCAGUGAUUUUGAACACAGAAUCAACCCGCUGUCGUUAGUGGAAAUCAUCCUCCAUGUUGUCAGAAAGAUGUCAGAUCCAAACACUGCCAUCACCUUCCUGGAGAAAACGAAGGAAAAGGUGAAGGUGAGCGAUGAAGCGGUGAUCCUGUGUAAAACGGUCAUCGGCAGCCUGAAGCUGGACAUCAACGAUCUGCCCGCUACUAAAAAGCUGAUCGAGGAGGUGGAGGAGAUGCUGAACGCGUUACCAGGAGUGACGUCUGUGCACGGACGCUUCUACGAUCUGUCCAGUAAAUAUUACCGAAUCGUCGGAAACCACGCCAUGUACUAUAGAGACGCUCUGCGCUACCUGGGCUGCGUGGACGCCAAAGACCUGCCAGGGGCCGAGCAGCAGGAGCGAGCCUUCACGCUGGGCUUGGCGGGCCUGCUCGGAGAGGGCGUGUACAAUUUCGGAGAGCUGCUGAUGCACCCGGUGCUGGAGUCUCUGAAGAACACGGAUAAGCAGUGGCUGAUCGAGACGCUCUACGCCUUCAACUCCGGGAACGUGGAGAAGUUCCAGGUUUUGAAGUCGGCCUGGGGGCAGCAGCCUGAUCUGGCAGCGCAGGAGGACAAACUGAUGCAGAAGAUCCAGCUGUUGUGUGUGAUGGAGAUGACUUUCACCAGACCAGCGAAUAACAGGACGCUGACGUUCCAGGAAAUCUCUCAGAGUACCAAAGUGCCGGUCAAUGAGAUGGAGCUGCUGGUGAUGAAGGCUCUGUCGGUCGGACUGCUCAGAGGAAGCAUUGAUGAGGUGGACCAGAGGGUUCACAUGACCUGGGUCCAACCACGAGUCCUGGAUCUGCCUCAGAUCAAGGGGAUGAAGGAUCGGCUGGACGUCUGGUGUGCAGACGUGAAGGACAUGGCGGUGCUGGUGGAGCAUCAGGCCCAGGAUAUUCUCACAUAAACACACACACACACACACACACUGAACAACAUUUAUUAUUCUGUCAUACUUAUACGUGCAUGACGUCGUGAUGUAUUUCAUUAAAGAGAUUUUCACACAGA